GCGGCGGUUCAGUUCGAAACGGGCCAUCAACGAUGCCUACACACCAUGGCCACACCACCAUGACCAUCGCAGCGGAGUGUGGUGGUCGCCCGUGGUCGCCAUGAGGCGUCGUCGCUCAAGUCGAUGACGCUCUCUCUCGAGAGCCGAACGGUUUCUCGGACUUCCUUUCUUGCCUCUUUUCUCACCGUCGUCUUCGCGUUUCGUCUCGCGAAUCUUUCGAGUGCGCCAGGAUCUCGAUGGAUCCGCUCGAUCAUGCGCGGAACGCAGUGAAGUGUCGAUCCUUGGGCUCCGCGAAGAAUCGAUAGCGAUCGCGCUCGUGGAAGUGGCAUUGCAGAAGGAGAAGAGGAUGGAAGUUGACGAUGCACUUAUGGAUUAUGUUUGAACGUGAGAGGAAAACGCUCUCGUGAUACGAUCUAUUUGGACGUGUUUGACGCGGGAAGAUUGAUCCGCGAGGAAGUCGCGAUAUUUCAACUGGAGCGAGAAUUAAAGAAGAUUAAUCUGGAACCAAUAUAUAAAAUUUUUCUGUGACAAUGAUGUUAAACAAAAAAAUGAAUAAUUAUAUAGGAUAAAUUUUUAUAUUUAAAUUUAAUAUGGUAUGAGUAAACUGUAAUGAAACGUAAUUAAAAUUAAAAAUUAUUUUAAUUAUAUUAUACAAUGUAGAACGAGAACAUACGUACGUAAUGUGAUAAUGAAAAAUUAAAGUUAAUAUUAAUGGAGAAUUAAUUAAUCCAGACUAAUUUAAUUUCGCAAUAAAAGUCUGUUGCAUAGCUUUUUGUUCCACCGCAAUCUACCGCAGCGUCAAGAGCUUCUCCACGUUUUCGCCUUUUUGCAUCAAUCCCGUAAGGAUGUUGAUUGUUGUUCUAACCUGAUCUCAUCUCACGAUCGACGAUAAGUCGGUCGAUCGAACGGCAAGCCGGAUCAAAUCACGACGAAAGUGUCUGUUGGCACGCUAACAUCGGAAUUGCGGAAUACUCGAAGAGCGCCUCAUUAUUUUUCGCAGUUGCAUUCUGCGGAAUGCAACUUGUUGCAACUGCGCGUCACUGUAGGAAAAACUAGGAUUUAAGAAUAUUUCUCUGUACAUAAUAUAUAUGUAAUAUUCUCUCGGGGGAAUUCGUGGAUCGACCAAUCGCCGAGGAGAUAACGUGACAAUAGCGAGAAUUCGAAGAAUCGAGGAUGAGGCAGAAUCGAUGAAAUAUGCAUGAAUUUUGAGGGUGAAUUAUUUAGCGUCUCUUAAAGAAGAAGACACUUCGAGUGCUUUCGAUUUCCGCCGGGAAGCCGAUGCGUUUUAAGUUUCUAACGAAGCUCUUGUCUUUCAGUUAACGGACAUUUAUUUUUUAUGCGAGACGAAGGAAGCGAAAGCGUGAAAAAAUGUUGUGAGAAUUGACAAAAAAGAAGUACAAGUAUUAUUACGGGAGAAUAAUAGACCGUGAAAACAUAAAAGUGAUAUCGUGUUAAUAGAAUUAGAAAUAAUUAAUUAAAAGUGAAAAGAGAAAAUGCUGUACGAGCUUAGAUAUACAUAUACCACUUUCUGAAUAAUACGUGGAAAGGUGAAGCCAACAGCGGAAGAUAAAAAGACUUAUAAAUUCGUUUAUGUCGAGAGUAGAAUUUAACGAAUCCUAAAACUGAUAUUUAGAAUUAUCAAUCAUAUCAAGUGAGAGCAAGAUUUCUCUAUGCACGCGCUCGGUAUUGGAUCUCCCUCCCACGCAAAAAUUCUUCUCGUCCAGUUUAGUCUCUCUUUCGUUCGAGAGACUGGGAAAAGAGCGAUUUCGUCUCGUCGCGUACGUGAAUAAAAGACCGGUACAGUAAACAAGACGCAUAAAAGUGCGAGAUAGAAUAGGAUCUAGGAUCUGACGGAUAGGAGAAACGACGCUCGGUCGGAAACAAUAAAUUCUGCCAUUCGAUCGACGGCGAGGAUCGACGAAACGAUAUCGAGAAGCUCAGCUCAAAGUAGAUCUCUUUUAUCACCGGUGUCUCGUUCCCACGUUUUUACGAGCCCUUAUUACAGCGAGGAUAAUAACGAUCCCGAGAGGAAGGGACCAUCGGGCCCGUCGAUACGACUCGAUCGUUAACUCGCAACCUCGAGGAUACAAUAAACAGGAUGAACUGAUAAAUUAUUGUUAUUACAAACUUUUUUUCAUACUUUAAUAAAACUGCUCUUUAAUAAAACGACAGAGGAACUUGUGAAACGACGUAAAUAGCUGUGAAGUAGAGGCAAAGUGAAUUAAGUUUGAUGUAUUAUUCGAAAUAUUUUGAUAUAAUAUUACAACAUUACAUUUCUUUUAUAAGAGAAUAAGCAAUGAUUAAUAUAUAAACGAUUUUAUUUUUGACACGAUAAAAUAGUACUUAAUUAUUUUAAUACGAAGAGAAUACAAAAGGGUGAUAAUGAUAUAAAAUGAAGUGCUACGCAAGACAGUUACUCUCGCCAAUUUGAGAAGAGUCAUCUGCAAAAUAUUCGUGAAAAGAAGGGGAAUCGCGCGGCAUCAUGGGGAACAGCGGAAGUAGCGGGGGUGGCAGUAGCAGAAAGGCACGAAGCUUGCCGAAUUCGCCGGAAGCGCACAGGUUGCCGUCGCCUUAUAACAAGCAGUCGUCGGGAGUUGGCGGUGCUGGGGGUGGUCCUGGGGGUGGCACGAGUAUACCUCUGCCUGCGACCGUCGCUGCCACCAGGAGAUGCCCUCCGGACAAAGUCAGACCGGCUCCGGCACCGACGCAUCAAUCACAACUCGGAGGUUUGAAACACGGAAACGGUGGCGUAGGCAGCGCGAGCAGUUCUAGAAGCACCAGUCCGAGUCAACUGCAACCGUCUCAGGGCGGUCUCUCGUUCAUUCCACAACCUAGGAGUCAGAAUACGAAUCGACAACCCACGGCCACCACACCAAGCCCCCGAGCAUCUACAGUGGGUCGGCCCAACGGAGGUCUGAGGUCUCAACAACAGGCUUUACCGUAUUCUGGAAACACUGCCCCGCCACCACAGCCAAACAAGAAUUCUGUAUUAGAUAAGUUUAAACUUUUCAACAAUAAAGAUAAAAAUCAAGAGCGAGGAAAGACUUCGUCGGGAGUCUCGAAACGCACUUCCAGUUCUUCCGGAUUUUCCUCAGCUCGAUCCGAACACUCGGAUAGUUCAACUUCCUUGUGCGAUCAAAGUAAGGCUCAAGCUCAGGAAUCACCAAAGAGUCGCGCGUUAAAAUCAAAACUGCAGUCGGCCAAACCGGCGAAGCAGGCCAGUCCGAAGUCAAGCAGGAAAGAGCAGAGCAAAGCCCAGAGUAAGAUUGCGCGUACAAACAAGGGUCCACAGAUCUCUUCGGAAAAGCUGACGACGUCUUACAAUAAUCCGGUUGUGGAGCAAGAUGUAAAAAGUGCUAGUAAGGUCAUUGGCGCUAAAUUACCGUGUGACAGGAAAACGCCGACUCUUCAGGAACUGGUGAAGCAACCGAUAGUGCAACCUCCGAAACUAAAUCCCUCCGUUCUGACGCCACCUAAACAAAUCAAUCUGCAAGAUACCAAAAACGUGAACUUGAGGAACGAGCUUCCGACGACGAAACUUUCGCCCAGAUCCAAGAUGGAGCUUCCAGGCAAGAUACCGGACCCAAAAAUUUAUUUGCAAAGUAUGAAACCUCUGCCGAAUGGUCUGAACAAGGACUUUAUGAUGCAGAAAGCUAUUCUGGCAAAUACCAAUGGUAUCAUCAAGCCGUCUGAACCGGGAGAGAUGCUUGUUCACGAGAACGAUACUUUGAAUCGUACUCUAAGCAUGAACCAAGCGAACCUCGCGGAAGGCAAGGAUCUUGUAGUAAAGCAGAAAGAGUCAGAAGUUUUAGAUAGUCACGAACUGCAAUUAAGAAUGGAAAGCGAAAGCUUCGACUCACCAUCAAAGACUCGAGUGUUGGACCAGGAGAAGGUUAUUUGCGAGGAAGAAAUAGAGUCUGUUGACGUUUCCAAUGAUAAACAAGAUUCUGUGACGACUAAUUGCGUGCAUUCGGCAGCUGAUGAAAAGUUAGCUAAUACUGAAGACGGAUCGUCGAGCAUACCCGCGCAAAGCAAUCUGAACUUUGGAUCCAGUAAACCGUUGGCGGGUGCAAAUAGUCCUCUUCACGGGUCGAACCAGGGCGGUCUCAGUCCGGGUUCCAGCAUCCCGAAACCCACCGCACUCGUGAAAGGUACAUCGAAACCAUCGAAGGACAACGGCACGAUCAGCGGAGUACCAACGCCGACAAAGCUGAAAAGCGGCGAUACUCUGCAUCGCAAACUCGAUCCCAACACAGUAGCGAUGGUGUCGCCGAUGCCGAGUAUUUCGGAUCUUAUGUCCGAAAGCUCGCACAGCAAUUCUAACAGCACCGGGCAGAGUAACUCGAGCGACAGUAGCGUGAUUUAUAGGCCAAGCAGCGAAAGCGGCAGCGACAUCAAGACGAUCCCUAACCGCAAAAUCGACACCACGUUUGAGCAAAUGGAGAAGGUGCUGUCGGAAAGCUCAACGUGCGCCGGUGCUCUGGCAGACGAUGAGGCCGAGAUGACUGUGAAACCCAUGCAACCUCUUCUGCGUGGGUACACACCCGGGGCCCGAGGGCUACAGACUCUACCGAGCCGCACCACGGGUCGACAGUACACCAUCCUGCAUUCAUCGUCGCAUCAUCAUGUCGGUGGUCACCACGACUACGCCGAUGUUGACGUCGCUUCCGGUUACCUGAGCGAUGGCGAGGUGCUGCGCGGAGGCGGCGUGAGCGUUGGCAGCAGAACCCUUUCGGAUUUGUGCGACGGAUACAUGUCUGAAGGCGGCGCGUCCCUCUAUGCCCGCAGGAUCAACCCUUCCUAUGGUCACGAGCAUGACAGGUACGUGGGUGGCUCGCGGCGAGAGCUGUCGGGGGUGAAGGAACUGGUGACCUCGAGGCGGGUACAGAAGAAUCGGCCGUCGGGGAUCGCGAGGUCGGAUGGCGGCUGCAUCGGGGGCGUCAGUCCAGGAAGCGGCGGCGGCGGCGGAGGCGGCGGCGGCGGUGGUGGCGGCGGUGGCGGUGGCGGCGGCGGCGUCGGCAUCGGCGGCGUCGUCGCCGGCGGUCUUCUAGACGGCUGCAGCGGCGGGAACGACGCCUUGGCGGAGCUCACGAUCGAGGAGCUGGCUUCCAUUCCCGCCGGAAAUCACACCUCCGCCAAUCAUACAGGACAUCCCUCUCAUCACAAGAGAGUGCCGGGCGGAGGGGGUGUGAUUGUGGGGGGUGGCGGCGGAUCGGCCACCCCCCAAGGGGCGCAGCAGGGUAACAGUCACAAUCUGGUGUAUCGCGUGGUGGGUUCACGCGGGCAUCCCGGUGGUCAUCAUCCACACGUGAAGAAGUCUGACAGUUCUCAGCAAACCGACAGCUCAGCCUUCAAACACCAACAGCACCAGCAACAACAGCAGCAGCAGCAACAGCAACAGCAGCAAGGUUCAAACGGCUCUGGCAGCAGUAUCAGCUCCAACAGCCAACAAUGGAAGAAGUACAUCGAAGCGGGCGCCGCAAGAGAAAGAGACAAGGAGGGCGCGCCACCCAGCCCUAGUUCCUCCAGAAGAUCCCAGGAUAAACACCGGAAACAGACCAUGGCCGAAUAUGCAAAUGGCGAGAAACCGCAAAAAGUUUCGUCGGGCACGUCAACCAGCAACAGUGGCAAAGUUCGCGGGGUACCGCAAAGCUUCGGCUACGUUAAGAGACACAGUGCAGGCACUAGUUCGAGUCCAAAUGGUGUCCAAAACGGUAGCAAGGACGCCACCAGGACAGCCCAAGUUAGCGCCGUACCAAGGACCAAGGUCAAGGUGUCCGGUGGCACGCAGACGUGCACCACAGAGUUGCAGGCGAAUUCCUCGGGAUCAAAUCAGGGUCAUCAUUACAAGAGCUACAGCCUCACCGGUCCUAGCGCUAGUCAACUCUCGCAGUCAGUCCGAGAUCGUCUCAUGCUAGGCUCGCAGAGCCUGCCGAAACCCGGUAGUCCAGAAUUCACCGCUCUUUUUGCAUCUGCUCAUCAUCGCGAAAGGGGAACUGGCGUUGGACCAGCGAGCGCGUCAUUUUCGCCCCGGGUAUUAAAACCAUCUGACGGCAGUCUCAGCGACACGUGUAGUAAUUACGCCGCACCUGAUCUCCAAGGCUACUACGGCACACCCAACAGCCCCUACACCACUUCGUGGAUGAGACACAGUAACACCUACACGCCCAGCGGACGAUCUCAAGGAAUGGGUUUGUGCGAGGCGGAUAGCGUGGAAUCAUUGGGCUCGCAUCGCGCGAGCUUAACACAUGCUCGUCUCCUAAUGCACCAGAGGGAUUCUACGGGGUCUCCGGCGCCGCCCAGACUGAAUAGGAGCAACUCCAUCAGGUCGACUAAGAGCGAGAAAAUGUAUCCGUCGAUGUUGGCACGCGGAAGCGGCGCCUCGUCGUCAGUGGGCGAAGAGGUCGGAAUGGGCAUGGGGGUCGGAGUCGAGCCGUAUUACAGCGUUCCCGUGGGAUCGGCGGGAUGCACCGGCCAACAUUGGUCCCAGCCAACGUCGCCAACACCCACGCACACCUCACGACAACCGCCGAACUUGUACCAGCACGUACACAAGGAUGACGACAUUCAUGGUUCUUCGGUAUCCUUGGUGUCCACAACGAGUAGCCUUUACAGCUCGGCAGAGGAGAAACAGGCGCAUGAAUUAAGAAAAUUGCGUCGCGAACUACUGGAUGCUCAGGAAAAGGUGCAUUCAUUAACCAGUCAGCUUUCCACAAACGCACACGUGGUCUCAGCUUUCGAGCAGUCGUUAUCCAAUAUGACUCAGAGAUUGCAGCAACUCACAGCUACAGCUGAAAAGAAGGAUUCCGAGCUUCAGGAACUCCGAGAAACGAUCGAGAGGUUGCGCAAACAAAGUGCCGAAGCUGGAUUGAACAACGCUCCAGUUGCGAAUAAUGGUCGGCGUCAUACUUUAGGUGAUUCUGAAUCCGGUACCACCGGCUGCACCGGCAGCGGCAGCAGCAAUCAUCAUCAGGGCGCGUCGAUGGCGAGACAACUAUCCGCGGACAGCGUGACGUCUCUGAACUCGCUAAGCAGCGCCUGUUCGGCCAGCAGCAGUCAUCACAAGAAAAAGGGCUGGCUACGCAGCUCCUUCUCCAAGGCCUUCUCGAGGUCGCGCAAAAACCGACACGGUUCGGUCUCCGAUGCCGAGGAUUGCAAGGAGAGUCCUGGCGGUGAUCUGAGCGCUCCCAACAGUCCUAGACUGCCAACCGCGUCCAAACACGAGUCCUCGAGGACACAAGCCGUGAGGAGCAACGGUCAGAAAUCUCCCGAGCAUGAGAAUCCGUUGUCGGGAAGCAAGAGCAGCUCGGCGCUGUACAAGAAAGAGGACGAAGACGUGGACGAAUUGAAGAAGCAAUUGAGGGAGAAGGACUUGGUUCUCACAGAUAUCAGAUUGGAAGCUUUAUCCUCGGCACAUCAGUUGGAAUCUUUGAAGGACACAGUCAUCAAGAUGAGGUACGAGAUGCUGAACUUGAAGCAGAACAACGAACGUCUUCAGCGACUGGUGACCUCGAAGUCGCUCACCUCUUCGCAGUCCUCUCUACCUAGUGACCCAGAUCGACGCUUCAGUAUGACUGAAGUCGCGUCAAGUGUUGCAGCAUUAUCGAACGGCGAUGUCAGUUCCACGGCCGAUCAACUGGAAGAUCUCAACGUCUCGGUCGAGCAUUCCGUGGUACCGUCGAGCGCGACAACCACAGAACCGGUUCUCGAGCAAGACACCGACGGCAAGAGGAUCAACGUGGCCGUCUACCUCGGCAGCGAGCGGAAUUUCAACUACAAUUUGGUUACCGGAAGCUCCGCGGACGGCACCAUAGGCGAACCACCGCACUGUGUAAUCGCCAGCGUGUGCAUCAGCAAUAAGACCAGUUGGGACGCUUUAGAUUCUAUGGUGAGGCGUUGCUUCAAGGAGUAUGUUUCUCGAGUGGACCCCGUGACGAAUCUGGGUCUUGGCGUUGAAUGUGUCGCCGCGUAUCACCUCGGCGAGGCUUCCAGAUGCACCACCGAUUCUCAGCAUCCCGAGUUGUUACCUUGCGGCUAUCUAGUCGGUCACGUGAAGACUAUCUAUCUAGUGCUGUCAGGUUAUUCCUGGUUGGCGGUGGACACCCUGAUACCACGGUCCAUCGUUCAGCGACUGAUCUCCCUCCUGACGGAACAUCGCAGAGUGAUCCUGUGCGGUCCAAGUGGCACAGGGAAGAGCUACUUAGCCGGGAAACUAGCGCACGCUCUAGUAGACACCGAUAAUGACACAAAAGACGCCGCUGCCGUUGCGACUUUUAACGUCGAUCACAAGUCCAGUAAGGAAUUGCGCCAAUAUCUCGCGCAUAUCGCCGAAAGAUGCGAUUCGAACGCGGCUGAUGAGUUACCUAGGGUGAUUAUUUUGGAAAACCUUCAACACGCCGCAUCUCUAGGCGAACUCUUCAGCGGACUUCUAGGUACCAGGCAUUCAUCAUGUCCUGCUAUCAUUGGUACCAUGAGUCAAGCCACCUGCAGUACCACCAACUUGCAGUUACAUCACAACUUCAGGUGGGUAUUAUGCGCGAAUCACAUGGAGCCGGUAAAAGGAUUCCUGGGACGUUAUUUGAGAAGGAAAUUAUUGGAGCACGAACUGCGCGAGUGCGCCGGGACGAGGAACGCGGAAAUGGCAGCAGUAGUCGAGUGGCUGCCGCGAGUGUGGCUGCAUCUUAACAAGUUCCUAGAAACUCACAGCAGCUCCGAUGUAACAAUAGGACCGCGGCUCUUCCUAUCGUGUCCAAUGGAAGUGGCUGGCUCUCAAGUAUGGUUUACCGAUCUUUGGAACUAUUCGGUGAUACCUUACCUGGUGGAGGCAGUCAGGGAAGGAUUGACGCUAUACGGAAGACGCGUAAGCGGGAACGGAAAUGGCGAGCCUACAUGGGAGGAUCCAGCGCAAUUCAUCACGUCUAGCUAUCCAUGGCUCUCGACUCAUGCUGUGCAUGGCGGUAGCGACGCUCUUCUACGUCUGAGACCCGAAGACGUGGGAUACGAUGUCGUCUCUAGCGGACACACUUCUGGUGUGGGCGCCUCUAGCGUGAAGAGCCUCGGAAGUACUCAUAGUGAUACCGAAGGAGAUCCUCUACUUAACAUGCUGAUGCGUCUGCAGGAAGCGGCUAAUUACUCGAGUCCGCACAGCAACGACAGCGACUCGGUGACAUCCCUCGACUCGUCACAUACUCGCCAUUCAGAGGAUUUGAGCAGCUCGUCAAGAGGAGUAGAAUCGGCACUCUAAAUUUGCAAGAUGUGAACAAAAUUCAUCGCCGAAAGGUCGCAUAUCGACCGUUCAGUAAGAAAUAUUACAAAAGAAGUACAGAUUAAUAGCUCUCAAUCACAAGUAAACAAUCAUUCCGAUCGCCGAAUUCAGCGCAAGAGAGAAUUAUUUAUACUACAUAAAAGGUAAUUGUAAACAAAGAGUAUCCUUAUCAGGGAAAUCAGCGCAAUGUUUCUAAGGUUAAAAACUCAAGAAAAAAUUUUACAGGUAUGGCUAAAUUGUACUUCCGAAUCGACGUAAGAGCUAAACAUUGAUAAUCCUUAUCGUAAUAAACAUCAAAUUACAUAUUUAAGGGCCCUCUGAAAUGCAAUAAGAUUUAAAAAAAGUCACGAAGCGCCAGCUAUUUUAAGACCACACUAUUUUAAUACCAACAAUAGCUUCGUAAUGAUCUAAGAGGGAUUUGAAAUGCCUAUUAAAGCUGGCCUAGAUUUAUAGAUUUCUACGUGUAUCCAGCAUCUAGGUGUGAUAUGUAAUAUUAAAUAAAGGAAAAACGGAUAAGCGGUGAUUCUUCGCUCCUAAGAAAAAUAAGCGGACCGAAAAGAAUACAUUUUAGACGAAGAUAAGUUUACACAUUGUUUUCAGAAUUGAGAGAAUUAAACUUUUUAAUCUAAUUAAAACUAAUGGAUUUGGCAAAUUAAAUUGGAAAUUGAAACAAAUAUAAAUUAAAAGAAUUUCAGUUCUAAAAACGAAAAAUAUUGAUUUUUUGGCUGAGACAUUUUAGGUGCGUCCUAAAUAAAUUCUUAUUUUCCACUUAAUUGUAUCAUCGCAUCUUGCUUCUUGAAAGAAUUCGUAACAUCUUAGAAAUAUCAGAGAUGUGAUCAGAGAUUUGCCGAAAUGAUUCUUUGUCAAUUUCUUUCGGUUCGUUAAUUUUUCGUAGGAUGUACAUGCGAACGCGAUGCAAUAAUUUCUACACGCUGCCGUUUGCGGAAUUCUAUUUUGAUGGAACGCAUUUUUCAUUCACGACGAGAGAUGCGAGCGCAUAGUUGAAACAAAGAAUCGCAUCGAUCUUGUCGUUUGGUGUAUACAGUAUUAAUGACAGGCGCAAAAAAAAAGAAAGCGGUUUCGAACCGAGGAAUCCUCGAAGAAGAGAUAGAGAUUCCUUCCUCGUCCGACUAUUUUUCAGGUAAAAUUAUUUAAUCUAAGAUCUCAAGAAUGAAUAAACAGACGACUCUCAUUCAUAUAAGCAGACAGAGGUAAAGCGAGCGAGUUUAAAAGGAUCAUGGUCUGUGCAAAAAUAGUCUAUUUAUACAUACUUUGCUACGAAAGCUCUAUUUAAUUAAAAAAUGUUAAUAUAAUAUAUAUAUAAAUAGUAUAUAUAUAUACAUUCAUACCUGAACGACGGCGCUAAAUAUAUAUAUUAUAUAUAUAUAAAUAUAAUACAAAAAUAAAAUUUCUAACUAGUUCGUAAGGUACGUGAAUAAUUCUGGUCAUGUAACGUUGUAAAUACGAGACACAAAGCAAGCUAGAUUAUGCUAGAUAUGCGAAUUCGAUUCGAUGUCCGAUACGAAUGGGCCCUGAUAUCUCCUGCGAUAAUUUUACUUCCAAUCUUUCUUAUAUUCUUUACAUUUGGAAUGUAUCAUGUUUCACCAACUCCUUACAUUUUCUUUUUUCUCCCAAGAGAAAUCUAUAUACCAUCAUAUAGAUUAUUAAUUUUAUAAUAAAUUAUUAAUUUUACCGUAAUAUGUUUAUUUUUCGCAAGAAUAUUGUCCGAGAAAAUAAUAAUCAUAAUUUUCCAUUAAUUUUAUUUUCAAUUUUUAAUUAAAAGAUAUAGAUUUAUUAUGUUCAAAAUAAAACAUAAUUUCCCAAAAAUUAAACGAUUUUAUAUCUUUUCAUAAAAAAGAAUAUGAGAAAAAUUAAAAUGUGAUGUAUGUUAAUUGAAGAAUCAUGAUUAUAGCAGGUAAUACGGCGUCCAUGAAAACUAUAUAUAAUGUACAUGAUCGGUGGCGCGAUGUCCCCGAUAAAAUGAGAAGAAAAGGGAGCAUGUCAACGUUACACAUACGAUAAUACAGUCGCAUUUACAGGUUUUUUACGUUUGUACCGUAUUUAUAUAUACGCUGUACACAGCGCCGCACUCCAAACUCUAUUCAAAUAACGAUAAUUAACUGUGUCAUCAAAUAAAUCGCAUUCAAAUCUGU